AUGGCCUCGCGUUCCGUUCUCAGAGUGGCAUUUCUGGUCUCAUUUUCUGUUCUUCUGACAGUUGUGCUGGGUUUUGGGCUGCCUCCUCUACUGAAUGCAGUUUUGGGAUUACCAGAGAUGAGUGUGACUGAGUGUAUAGUUGUGAUGUAUUUAGUUUUUGUGUUGGUUGUUGCAACACCUCGAAUUCCCAGAGGAUUGGUGGAGGUGAAGGGGAAAGCUGUGUUUAUCACAGGCUGUGACAGUGGAUUUGGCAAUGCACUUGCCAAACAUAUGCACAAGAUGGGCUUCACUGUCUUUGCUGGGUGUCUUCUGAAGGAUAAAGGUGGAAAGGGUGCAAAGGAGCUGGAGGAAUUUCAUUCAGAUCGCAUGAAAGUAGUCCAACUGGAUGUAUGCAGCGAGGAGCAGGUGAACCAGGCUGUGGAAUAUAUUAAAGACAACCUUGAGGACUCUGAAAGAGGUCUGUGGGCUGUGGUGAAUAAUGCUGGCAUGUCAACAUUUGGAGAAGUGGAGUUUACCUCCAUAGACACCUACAAACAGGUGUCAGAGGUCAACCUGUGGGGCGUGAUCAGGGUCACCAAAGCUGUUCUUCCAUUAAUCCGCAGGGCCAAAGGCCGCAUUGUGAACAUGUCCAGCAUGUAUACUCUGGUGGGCUCUUACUGCAGCACCGGACAUAAGGAUAUGGCUCCUGUUCUUGAUGACAUCACUGACGCCAUUGUGUCCAAGCGUCCUUACACACGGUACAACCCCACAGAGUCUCACUGGUGGAUCAGAUCACAGCUGAUAACCCACCUGCCUGGCGCCAUAUCCGACUUACUCUACUUCUAAAAUGUGUUCCUUUGUUAGCUCCCUCCAUUUCACCCUUGGAAUAUAGCUAGCCACCAGUAAAUGUUUCAACUACAGUACAUAGCACUAUGCAGAUCUGCAGACUUUUCCUGAGGAGGUUCUCUGCUGUGUAUUCCUCAGCACUUUUAUUUACUGAAAAAUUGUUAAAACAAUGUUAAAAAAUAUAUAUAAAUGAUUGCACUUUGCUUUUUCUAUUGGGGAUGCACUGCAGGUAACAGUCUAGAUA